CUGAAUUUUUCCGCGCUUUCUGCGGUGAGAGUUCACAACUCAAACGGCGAGUGGCGGGAGCUGGUGUCACCCUGGAUCUCCGCAGUCGAGAAGAGACCUUGAUCGGUUUUCAUCUUCACGCCAGAAGGACACAGAUCGCCGUUAGUUGCCCCUUCUGAAAGAUAACAGACGCUCAACUGACGUUUAAGGCAUGGACUUUAAACGGCGUAACGGCGGCCCUUUCCCGGGGAAUGCUUCGCAGGCCAAGCGCGGUAAAAUGAACAGUGAAUGGGAGGACAGCCCAUCACAGUUUGAAGAGGAACUGCUGAUGUUUGAGGAGUUAGAAAUGGAUGCUGAGGAGAUGGAGGGACAAGCAGCACACGAUGUUAUCCCUGUAGGUGACCUCUUCUCUGCGGACCUGAACCCUCGCUGGCCACGGCCUCCUGCUCCUAAGCUUGACCCCUCAUCCGAUACUCUGGUGUUCCAGCAGAUUGAUCUGGACCAUUAUAUGGGGGAGACAGUGGCCGGCAUGCCCGGACAGUCACAAGGAAAAGUCCCCAUCAUCCGGAUGUUUGGGGUAACAGACAGUGGCAACAGCGUCUGCUGCCAUAUUCACGGCUUUGCGCCGUACUUUUACGUUCCUGCACCGAGUGGGUUCACGUCUGCCGACCUGUCCGAGUUUAAAAGAGAGCUGAACUCUGUCGUUCUGAAGGACAUGCGCUCCAACAAAGACAACAUCUCCACCACAGUGCUCGCUGUGGACAUCACUCGCAAAGAGAACAUGUAUGGCUACCAUGGGAGGAAAAUCAUGGAUUUCUUGCGGAUCACCAUGGCGAUGCCUCGGCUCGUCGCUCCCGCCAAGAGACUGCUGGAGAUGGGCUUUAAGUUCGGACAUCAUCCGAGCCACAGCUACCAGUCCUUCGAGGCCAACAUAGAUUUUGAGAUCAGGUUUAUGGUGGACAGCGAUGUUGUGGGUUGCUGCUGGAUUGAGCUUCCCAAAGGGAAGUACAGACUGCGCGAGGAGAAGAGCGUGGACGACGUGGAUUCCCAGUCUACGAAGAAGGUGUCCCUGUGUCAGUACGAGGUGGACGUGGCGUGGACAGACUUGAUCAGUCACCCGCCCGAGGGCGACUGGCAGAGGAUCGCACCGCUCAGAGUCCUCAGCUUCGACAUCGAGUGUGCAGGGAGAAAAGGAAUUUUCCCAGAAGCAGACAAAGACCCAGUGAUCCAGAUAGCGUCGAUGGUGCAGCGGCAGGGCGAGACGGAGCCCUUCAUCCGCACCGUCUUCACCCUUCAGUCCUGUGCCAGCAUCGUCGGCUCUCAGAUACUGUGCUUCACGCAGGAAAAACAGCUGCUGCAGAGCUGGGCAGAGUUUCUGAGGACAGUGGACCCGGACAUCAUCACUGGAUACAACAUUCAGAACUUCGACUUCCCCUACCUGUUGAACAGAGCAGCUGCUUUAAAAGUGAAUUACUUUCCCUACCUCGGCCGAGUGCGAAAUUCCAAGUCAGUGUUGCGAGAUUCGAGUUUCCAGAGUAAGCAGAUGGGACGGAGAGAGAACAAGACCAUCAACAUGGAGGGUCGAGUCCAGUUUGACCUGCUGCAGGUCCUGCUCAGGGAUUAUAAGCUACGUUCAUACACACUCAAUGCUGUGAGUUUCCAUUUCCUGCAAGAACAGAAGGAGGACGUGCAGCACUCCAUCAUCACUGACCUGCAGAACGGAAACGAGCAAACGCGCCGCCGUCUGGCCGUGUACUGCCUGAAAGACGCCUACCUCCCGCUGCGCCUGCUGCAGAAGCUGAUGUGUGUGAUCAACUACAUGGAGAUGGCCAGGGUGACGGGCGUGCCCCUCACCUACCUGCUGUCCAGAGGGCAGCAGAUCAAAGUGGUCUCCCAGCUGCUGCGCCAGGCCAUGAAGCAGGACCUGGUGAUGCCCGUGGUGAAGAGCCAGGGCGGGGAGGACUACACCGGGGCCACCGUCAUCGAGCCAGAGAAGGGCUACUACAGCCUUCCUAUCGCCACGCUGGAUUUCUCCUCCCUGUAUCCGUCCAUCAUGAUGGCCCACAACCUCUGCUACACGACCCUCCUGCAGAGAGGCGCGGCCGAGAAAAUGGGUCUGUCGCCAGAGGAAUUCAUCAAGACUCCCACCGGUGAUCAGUUUGUGAAGAGCUCAGUGAGGAAAGGGCUUCUUCCAGAGAUCUUGGAGAACCUGCUGUCUGCCAGAAAGAGAGCCAAAGCCGAGCUGAAGAAGGAGACGGACCCCUUUAAGAAGCAGGUGCUGGACGGCCGGCAGCUGGCCCUCAAAAUCAGCGCCAACUCCGUGUACGGCUUCACGGGAGCGCAGGUCGGGAAGCUGCCCUGCCUGGAGAUCUCACAGAGCGUCACGGGUUUUGGGCGACAGAUGAUUGAGCAGACCAAACAGUUAGUGGAGUCAAAGUACACCAUUUCCAACGGCUACCCAGCCGAUGCCAAGGUGAUUUACGGAGACACAGACUCCGUCAUGGUCAAACUGGGAGUCGCCACAGUGAGCGAGUCCAUGGACAUCGGGAAGGAGGCGGCAGAGUGGGUGUCGUCGCAUUUCAUUCCCCCCAUCAAGCUGGAGUUUGAGAAGGUGUACUACCCCUACCUGCUGAUCAACAAGAAGCGCUACGCCGGCCUCUAUUUCUCCUCCAAUGCUGACAGACACGAUAAGAUGGACUGCAAAGGCAUCGAGACCGUCCGCAGAGACAACUGCCCCCUGGUGGCCAACCUCAUCAACACCUGUCUGCAAAAGAUCCUGAUCGACAGGGAUCCUGACAGCGCCGUGGAUCACGCCAAGGAGGUGAUCUCCGACCUGCUGUGCAAUCGGAUCGACAUCAGCCAGCUGGUCAUCACCAAGGAGCUGACGCGCACGGCGCAGGAGUACGCUGGCAAGCAGGCGCACGUGGAGCUGGCAGAAAGGAUGAGGAAGAGAGACGCAGGCAGCGCUCCCAACCUCGGGGACCGAGUUCCAUACGUGAUCAUCAAGGCUGCAAAGGGAGCUGCAGCGUACAUGAAGUCAGAGGAUCCGAUCUACGUGCUGGAAAACAACAUUCCCAUUGACACACAGUACUACCUGGAGCAGCAGCUCUCCAAACCUCUGCUGAGGAUAUUCGAGCCGAUCCUGGGAGAGACGAAGGCGGAGAGCGUCCUGCUCAAGGGCGACCACACCCGCUGCAAGACCGUGUUGACCUCCAAGGUCGGGGGUCUCAUGGCGUUCGCUCAGAAGAGGAGCACGUGCAUCGGCUGCAAAGCCGUGCUGAAAACAGACACUGCUGUGUGUGACUUCUGCAAGAAGAAGGAAUCUGAACUCUACCAGAAAGAGAUCUUCCACCUGAACACACUGGAGGAACGUUUCUCCCGUCUGUGGACUCAGUGUCAGCGCUGUCAGGGCUCGCUCCACGAGGACGUCCUCUGUACCAGUCGGGACUGUCCCAUCUUCUACAUGAGGAAGAAGGUGCAGAAAGAUCUGGACGACCAGAGCAAGCUGGUGUCUCGCUUCGGAUGGUGACAGAGGCUCACACACACACACACACACACACACACACACACACACACACACACACACACACACACACACACACACACACACACACACACACACACACACACACACACACACACACACACACACUUCCUGGCUCCUGUGCCUUAUUCCAGAUGACUCACUGGUUUCUUUGUUUUCGUAUUUGUAUAAAAUGCUCACAUUUCACACUAUUUCUAUAUUUUCUUAGAUAAUACAAUUGUCACUUGUUUGUUUUGUAAAAUAAAUGGAAAAGCUUUCUAUUCAUUUUCAGCGUUUGGUUAUCAUCACUGAAUCUUUUAGAAACGCACACUUGCCAGGCUUUCGGUGUCUCGCC